GCGCGCCCAAGGCCGCGAUCUCCCUGGUGGCGAGCUGCGCGUUCCAGUGUCAGUCUAGGUAGAGGCGCACGCACUGCCGCCUGUGAAGUCUCCGGGCCCGCGGUAAUCUCUCACCGUCUCUUCCGCCCGCCGCUGGUCAGACAGCACCCGAGACAUGGGUUGUUUUUUCUCUAAGAAAGCCAAACGGAAGGGAAGCAGCAAAGAGGCCAAAGCAGGAGAGCAGCAACAGCAGAAACAAGAUGGGGAGGAGAGCAAGCAGUACAGCUGGGACAAGAGAGAGAAGGUAGACCCAAAAGAUUAUAUGUUUAAUGGAUUGAAGGACCAGACUGUAGGACGGUUACCAGAUAAAGUUGCAGGCCAGCAAUUUGUCAUACAAGAGUGCGAGAACUGCAACAUCUAUAUAUUUGAUCACUCUGCCACCAUAACUAUCGAUGACUGCACAAACUGCCGCAUCUUCCUUGGCCCUGUGAAGGGCAGUGUAUUUUUCCGUGAUUGCAAAGAUUGCAAAUGUGUCGUGGCCUGCCAACAGUUUCGCACCAGGGACUGUCGCAAAAUGGACGUCUUUUUAUGCUGCGCCACUCAGCCCAUUAUAGAGUCAUCCACCGGCAUGAAGUUUGGAUGUUUCCAAUACUAUUAUCCAGAACUUGCGUCACAGUUUAAGGAUGCCGGGCUGAGUAUCUUUAACAACACCUGGAGCAAUAUUCAUGAUUUUACCCCCUUGUCCGGAGAGACAAACUGGAGUCUUCUUCCUUGUGACUCCGCGGUCCAAGACUACAUACCCCCACCUGACUUGGAGGAACUCAAAGCUGUCCGGGUUUCUACCGAUGCCAGCAGGAGCAUAAUACCGGUCACCUGGGGGCAACGACAGAAGAAAAGUGAUGAGUCCUGCUUAGUGGUUUUCUUUGCUGGAGAUUACACCAUAGCAAAUGCGAGGAAGAUGAUUGAUGAGAUGGUGGGCAAAGGGUUUACACUGAUCCAGACCAAAGAAGUUGCAAUGAAACCAGAAGAUGGAAAACGAGUUUUCCAAGACAAAACCUCAGAGUUUACACCUCUCCUGGAAAACGGUCCUGUGGUUGCGCUGGAGUUUAAUGGAGAUGGGGCGGUUGAUAACUGCCAGUCUGUUAUUAACAACACCUUCAGUGGAACCAAGGUUUUUGUGUCAGAAAACAAAGCAACUUCUUCUCAUGAUGUGGACAACUUCUACAACUUUGCCGAUAUGCAGAUGGGCAUGUAGAAUAUUGGUGCAGGUGUUAUGAAGCAUCUGUGCAAUUAUAUUUCAUUUUUUUAUUUUUUUUUUAUUUUUAGAAUAUCUCCGUAGAAAGCUAUGUUCCUGAUUAAAGAGGCUUAUGUAAAUUGUGGAAUGGAUUAAAAUUUCUUUGGUACUUUUUACAAGCAGUCUCUUAUUGUUACCAGGUUAUUACAAAGGUCUGCUGUGCUGUACCAUGAAUUCUCUGUUUUGAUGGGUCUGGCAAUCAUUAAAAUGCUUGUGAAUGUUCUUUGAAAAAGAACAAAUUGUAACUCCAGGAAUAUUAAAAAUCAUAAUUUUAAAUAAAGGAAGGAUAAGCACUUUCUUCUGUUUUAAAUAACGGAAGAGUUCCUUUCUGUGGUCUUGCCACUGUUGGCAUAUUGGGGUAAAUGUAUAGAGUAUGUUGAAAAAAUAUAUUUUUUUUGUUUCUUUUAUAUACAAACUAUAUUGUAUAUGUUUUUUUUUUCAGAUGCUACUUCAUGCUUUUUGCUUACUGAUAACAAUUACAAAAACGUGGCAGAAUGUAUUAAACAUUCCAGAAUGUAAGAUGGCAGUUAGAAAAGUUGUGCCUAUUUAAAGGUUUACGGAAUAAUGUUUGUUACUGUUAAUAUUUAUUUGGCACAAAAUAAUAUUUUCCUUGAAAAUGAAAACAAUCCAUAUGUUGUGUGGCUUUUAAUUCACUGAUGACAAUGAACCCUGAAACCAAUAUUUUAUACUGUGAAACCAUGAUUUGUUAUGAUGUCAUUAAAUGUGACGUAAAUUGUUUUGUUUUUUUUGCUGGAUAAUUGUUUAUACUGUUUCUUUUAAGUGUAUUGGUGAUAUAUUGGAUUAUACUGUAUACACAAUCAUUAAAAGUGAGCUAACACUUGCCAUCACUUUUAUGUAAA